AUGAUCGGAAUUGCCCCACUACAUGGAUAUUCUGGGCGGCUAACUUACGAUCUCAGUGAUGCAAUUAACCUGGGCAUCCAGUACGACAGGCUCGACGGCCUGUGCGGUCGGAUGGAGCAGAUGAUAACACGGCUCUCCACCGCCGUUGAAGGACUCGAAGAGAUGCCCAAGGCAACCGAUCAGGCCUCACCACGACGCCCAGCGAGCAGAGUUCGAACUUCAAGCUUGUCCGACCGGGAAGGCAGCAUUGCGGAUGGAGACUCGGAUGGAGACCAUACGACCAUUAAUCCAAUGGAAUCUGAGGAUAACGUGCCCGAUAUAAGUCUCGCAGAAAUAAGCAACCUCAUACCAGAUGCGAGCAACACUUAUAGGUACAUUGGCGGCGCAAGCAACACGCUCGCUGUGAAUAUCUUUCAAAAUUACAGAGCAUGUCAGACAGCGAGUGUUACCACCCCGACGUUUCCUGACUUGUUGGCCUCCUCAUUGUUUGGGGCGAACGAAGCCACGCCGCUUCGCAGUUACGAGGAGUAUCUGGGCCGUAGCCUUACAAACCAGGAGCCGAGUCCUUUUAGGUCCGUUCUCUUUGCAGUCUACGCCUGUGCUUCCAACAUGCUGGCCGUUCCUCGCCAGAACCAGGAGGACACCAAUGGGAGAGACUAUUUUGAAGUUUCUCUCCUUGACCAUUAUCGGAAUUUAGGCCGCGGCGGGCUGGAAGAAAUCCAGUGCCUGGCCAUCCUCGCCACAUGCGCUGCUAGUUGGAACCGCCUCACCGAAGGAUGGAGGCUUGCCGGCCAAGCCGUCCGGGCGACCCAGGAUCUGGGCCUCCACAUAAAUUUCGCAGGUAGCGAGCAGGACCAGUCACGGUCACGUGUGUGGUGGUGCGUGUACACGUUGAAUAGCUGCUUGUCGACCUGUCUCGGCCGGCCGACAGGUAUACUCGAUUCCGAAUACGAUUGCCGACUUCCCGAGAUCGCCGAAGAUACCCCCACGACCCCUAGUACUAGGAGUCCUUUAGGGGAAGGCCUCGCGAGAAGCGAGUCGCCGCCGAUAGCUGGUUUCGUCGCCCUAGCCCAAGGUUGCCGCAUCCUAGAUACAAUCAGCUAUUCCACCAAGGACCGACUACGAGAUGCUCAGGGCCACGACCUUGAACACUACUGGAUAGGAGACAACCAAGCUGCCAUGCUGGAAACACAGCUCUCCGAAUGGGUUCGGGAAAAGAUCCCGGCAUGGGUAAAAUUCGCAGCCAACGAGCCAGAAAAGCAUGGUGGCGUAGACCUAGCGAUGUGUACGCUCACCUUCAUGCUCCACGCCAUCGCUGUUAUCAACUUGAAUCUUCCACUCAUAGAAGUAUGGGAUAUCGAUGCCACCAUGUUUGAAACCGAAGACGUUGGUGCCGGCGGCAGUGUGUGUAAAGUCAUCACAGCCGCUAGAGGCAUCGUCAGGGGCUCCGAGCUUAUCAGCUCAAAUAUACCCCCAUCCCACUAUCUUGCGUUCUGCGUACAUGUUCUCUACCUAUCAGGUUUUGUUCUCUUUCCAGGUAUCACGUAA